AUGGCCCCAAACCCACUCAAUGCUCAUUGGACCAUGCGGACCAACACAGUGGCAGCUGCGGGCUGUAGCCUACAGAGGACCAGAGAACCCCUGCUGAGAGACCUUCAGGGCACACCCCAGUGGAGGAGCAGGAGCCCUCUGCCCAAUCGACGACGCCCUUCCGUCACCCCUUCGCCGCCAACAAGCAUGCUGCUGCCGUUGAACGAAACGGCCUCCUCGUGCCCCUCCCCUUGCGACUAUUGUCUGCCUCGACUCUUCCUCCUGUCUCCUUCGCGCCUUGGCCACUUCACCUCCGCCCUCAGAGACCAAACAGACGAUGCUGUGAGGUUCCACAGCCUGUGUCUCUGGUCUGUCUAUUCACCCGUCCCCGUCGUACCACCGUUUAUCACCCAAGAGGACAUAACCGCCAUCUUCCUCUUUUCUCUUCCAAACAGUCUGCGAGGACAGGGUGCCACGAAUCAUGGACUGAACGGCACGGCCAUGGACGAGGCUCCCGUCGACGGCGAGCUCCCGCGGCGCUCCUCCAUCGAGAAGCACCCAAUAUUGUCCGACAGGGACAUUGACGAUAUCGACGAUGACCUCGAGCCUAGCGCCCUUGAUCGACUGCCCGAGGAGAUCAUUCAGCAAGUCCUGGAAGCCGCCGACCCAAGCACUUUCGCCUCCUUGAUUCUCGUCAGUUCAAAAUGGCGCAGCGCUUCGCAGCAGGGUCGACUCUACGCUCUCCAGUUGAUGAGAUGUCCAUCAUAUUCCGCGAGUCAUAAGAAGCCUCCCAACGGCGCACAGGAAAAUCUGCCCGCCCUGAGGAGAUUGUUCGCGAGGGAGGUCAAGCGAAACCUCUUCGACGCCUACCUGCGCCCAAAUCAUACCAUAGUCAAGAUCGUCUCCAAUUCCAUCAGCUCCUCAUCCUGUCCGGGCGGCGAUGGCAUGUCCUUCAGCCCCUCGCCAAAGGGCCAUUUCCUGCUUGCUUACAAUUCUUCGCGCAUCAACAUCAUUGACCUCCGCGGUCCCACUCUGAAAGUGGAGAGGGAGCUCAAGAUACUCCGCAGACCCGCCGCGACAUGUGUCAAGGAUGACGGCUCUCUUUUGGCUGUGCUCUUGACUGAGAUGCAGGUCGACCUGUACGACCUUACCCAGACUCCUCCGAAGCGCACUCAGUCCAUCAUACUCGACCACAGCCCUCGGACCAUUGCGUUGUCGCCAUGCGGAACUGUUCUGGCUGCCGCCUACGAAGGCGGCAUCGAGGUCCAGUCCCUCGGUUCGGGCGCCCUGCCUACUGAUAGGAGGUCUGUCAAGUGCGAUGCAGUCGAUGCCCUGGCCUUCUCAUUCGACGGAACCCAGAUUUUGGGCACCACUAUCCAGUCUGCCCAACCAAAUACAGUAGUUUUGACGGCGCCUUACUACGAUCCGGGCAGUCACCUGUCUAGCGAUAAUAUCAGCGCUCUGUGGACGACAUCGAUUCUUUUCCCUAAUACUAGUCGGGACUGUAGCCAUGCAGUGCUUAUACAGGAAUCCGCUCAUGAUGAGGCGGCGUACGCCUUUACUUAUGACCGCAGUUUUGAAACUUUCCGCGCUGUGCGUAUCGACGACCUACGAAACGGCACCACUUACUUCACUGGCCCGAUUCCGAACACUCCAUUGCAAGCGAAGCUAUUACCCUGCACCCUACCAGCAGCUUCUGUAUGCGGCGAUCUGGUGUCUGCCGGUUUCCAGGGAAAGGAGGUCUGGCUUUACGGUGUGCCUGAAGAUCUUGAGGCGGUUCCGGAUGCUUCGAACAACAACCUAGAUGUCGCUGCCAACUCAAGUGGAGUCCACCGCCGGGUGAGUGGAGGCUCGAUGCGCUCCAGAACACAGGAGGCCGGCGAGGCAAGGGUACCACAAUGGCAGCUGUUGUGUGACAAGCUCCGCAACACAUUCGUGGAGGGCUUCAAGGUCACGGAUCUCAGCGGUGUGAGCACGGUGAAGUGGGUAGCCGGCUUUGGGGAUUCAUCGAUGAAAGAGCGUCUGGUCAUUGCUGCGAAGGGUGCUGUUCCGGCCAAGCCCAUCACGGAAGAGGAUGGCAUGGACUUUGAGGAUGGAGGCAGGUUGACACUUGUUGAUUUCGACUACGGUCUGGAAGAUGGUCAUGUGGCUGAGAUAACUAUCGAGGUGGGGCUAGAGGAGCCAGAGAUUCUGGAGGAGGAGCACCGCGACAUGGCCACAGAGGUGGCCAUCGUCAGAAGGCGGACUGUCGCACAGAGGCGAGGUCCUCGCAGUGCGAUCAUGAGAGCGGCAACGACGGCAGCGCGACCUACGCCGGCCUCAGCGACAGAAGAAGAAGAUGACGAUGACGAUCCUCUUGUACCUCGCCGGAUUGGCGAAGCACCGCCGCGACCACCUCAGCCUCCCACAGCUACCGAAGAGACGGAGACAGCGACGAUCAUAGAGGAGCAGGAAGCUUUGGACGCGCCCUAUUCGCACACAGGCCCUCGUUCCAUUACCACUCUGCGCCGUGCCGCUACAGCGGCUGCUAAUCACAGGCGAUUGAACCCCACAACAACGGCAGGGACGCCAGUUGAGUAUCGUCGGGCUGAUGGGCGAGCUGAGCACCCUCACGAGAGUGACGCCGAUAACUGGGUGCCUCCACCUCCGCCUUAUCAGAAGGAGGACCCGGAGGAAGCACCCGCCUUCCUCCGUCACUCAAUGGUACCGGUGCUGGCCAUGGCGGAAUCCCAGCCUUUAGAUCGGGACCUCCCCCCUGUUCCACCUAUUCCACAGGCACAUCGAAUUCUAGGGCAAGACGGCGCCACACCUGGCACUUCGCAAUCUCGGCCUUCAAGACGUCACACCCUUGCUCAAAAUCGAAUGGAGGGGGCACACCAGCGCAGGUCUCAAAGCGCUGCCCAGCAGCGAUUUUCUAUGACGGACCCUGUUACCGUGAUACCCAGUAAUCAAGUGUCACCUAAUGAACAUCCUUCUAACACUUAUGAAGAGGAAGACAUUUACAAUGUUUCGCCCCCGGAAACGCCACAACUACAAGCCACUCGAUCCCUAAGCACCCAACAGACUGCCAGCCCCGCAAGUCCUCAAAGCCUUAUGCGGUCAGGCUCGGAACCGUCGCCAGCGCUGACAGAAGCAUCUCCUUAUACUGGUACUCAACGCGUGAUGCCGCUCGUCCCUCGCAUUCAGACAACGUCUGCCCGCCCCCUUCAGCCUCAAGAACAACAGUCAGCCGCUGAAAGACCAAUACCAGGAGCUUCGCCAGCCAACUCUACUUGGAAUCCACACACGGGCGGUGGUUCGUACCCGACUGUGAUACACUCACAGACAUGGCCGAUCCCGCCACCCAGCUCAGUAAUGCCUGAGCCGGGUUCUACAGAGUACCCUCACUCAGCGCCCCCGAUGAAUGUCACUGCCAACGAGAGGAUCACGCGGCACCAUCCUCCACUCCCUGUGCAGGAGCAACCGCCUGUGGUCCGUGACAACGGGAGACAAUCAAGCCUGUCAAGACGACUAUCAACAGGUUUCCAUCUGCCCCGCGUGCCUACAAGCCGGAGUAGUGAAAGGGCUAGGCCGAUGUCUGUACACCAGCCAUCUGGGUAUAGAACUGUCCAGACUGCUUCGGAUCUUCAGCAUCAAUCACCGCCUCAAUAUCCAUAUGCGCGGUCUCUCUCGGACCCAUCGAGUAUGACCCACACAAUCGAUCACGCGUUGAUGUCUCCAGAUCAACCUUUGAUUAUCAGCACUCCAACGGGGGUCUCGGGUGCAUACGAUGGCCCUACUCGGCAGCCGUCGGACCGAAGAACAGAGACCACAAUCUUCGCACCGAUACCUCGCCAUCCGCGGCCCUCCCAAAACCCAGGCGUGCUGCGGCCCACGGCCCAACAGCUCGAGGGGCAGCUCAACCCUGCUUUCCUCCCCGCAUCAGCUGCCCCGGCGCCCGGCUUGAAUUCACGGCUCUCGUCUGUGAACCGCCGAUCAUCCCGCGCGGAGCGCAGUGCUGCCAAGAACAUCUCGGAUGCGAAGAAAAAGGGGUGGCGGCCCGGCAGGAGCAAGAGCAAGAAAGGAAAGAAGGGAAAGAAGAAGGAGCCAGAUUUUGAUGUGAUGAGCCAGAGCGCGUGGACGGAUGCUACUUGGUCUACGGCCGGCAGGGGUAGGAAUAGGAGGACGUACAACUUUGGCGGCGCCGGCGCCGGCGUUGCCGAGAACGAAAAGGACAAAAAGUGCAUCGUGAUGUGA